AUGGAAUAGUUUGAUACUUUGAUUCCUAAAAAUGAGGAGUAAACUAAGGAUUUUUUACAUAAAACUAGAAGUGAGUAAAUUAAAGAUGUCUUGUCUGUGAUUAAUUCAUCUUUAUCAGUUUCGUUUGGAAUUCUUUUGACAUUUUUAAACAUAACAAUUAAUCUGACAUUUGCAGGUCAAAUAAAUGAUGAAAAUAUUAUUGCAGGAAUAGGAUUAUGUGUUGCUAUUUUAAACUGCUUAGCAUUUUUUUUUACUUUUGGGUUAAAUUAAGGUUGCGGUUCAUUAGUUGCUAGAGCUUUAGGAUCCAAUUCAAUUGAACUUAUGAGAGAUUAUUACAAUAAAGGAAUAUUCACUCUUAUGAUCAUUUUGGGUUAUCUUGUAUUCUUAUCACUUAUUUUAGAAUAACUACUUGUGACAAUUGGAUAAAAUCCAGAUGUUUCUCAUUAUGCUUGGAUUUAUUUUGUUGGAAUUCUUCCUGGCUUAGCUUGUAUGUUCACUUUUGAUCUUAUUAGAGUUGUUUUUAAUGCUUUUGGAAUGUUUAAUGAACCUAUGGUUAUGCAGUUUAUCUCUAUUAUAGUGCAAUUAAUAAGCAGCUUGAUAUUUGUAACCAGUUUAAACUACGGGUUUACAGGAAUAAUAAUAUCAACCAACAUAAGCUACUUUAGUAUGCUAGUUUUAAUUUUAUACUAUGCUAGGAAAAAAUAGAUAGAUAUUAAACCUCAUUUUGACUUUUAACUAAUCAAAAAAAACUAUAAAAGCUACUUCACUUUCUGCUUGCAUAUAGCCCUUCCAAGUGAAAUAGAUUCUAUUUGCUUUGAAUUUAAUUCAUUAUUACUAGGAUCUCUUUAGUUGAAAGAUUAAUUUAAUGCUCAUGUUUUAUACAGCAACCUGUCUGGUCUUAUGUUUAGUGUCUCAUUAGGAGUUGGAGGUGCUCUGUGUACAUUAAUCUCAAAUGCUGUGGGAGAAAAAAAUAUUGUUAAAGCAAAAAACUACUUUAAAAUCUCCUACGUAGUUUUAGGCUUAUAAUCAUUAAUAUUUUUUAUUGUGUAUCAAUUUUUCGGUGAAGACUUAGCUCAUUUUUAUUCUAGCGAUGAUAAAAUUAUUUACCAUUUUUUGAGGGAAACUCUCUAAGUUUCACAUUUGGAUACCUUUUGGGUUAUGGAGUGGUAGGAUUUUGGAGUUCCUUAUGUGUAGCAAUCAUAGUAAUCUUUACUCUUUAAACCAAAUUUUUGGUAAAAUUAGAUUGGAAACAUUAAAUCGAUUAGCAAUAUGAAAUAUUAAUGA